UACUUUGUUAUGGCUUCAAAAAAAAUUAAAGCUAACGAUCGUAAGUAUCUAAUUAAAGAAAAUGAUUUACAAUUAAUUACGCACCGGCAUAUCUUAUCAGUUGGCAAAAAAAUUGCAGACAAUCUCGACAAAACCACGGCUGAAAUUUUCAAAGAUAGUUUGUUGGAACGUGAAAAAGAAUUACUCAAAGAAACUACCAAGAACCACCAAAUACUCAUUGAUGAACAAAAAUGUAAAUACGAAAAAGAAAUAGAUCGUGUCAAAAAAGAAGGAAUUGAAACUCUUAGACAUGCACUAAAAAACGAAACCAUUCGCGUAGAAAAGCUUAAAAAAAAAGUAAUCACUGAGUUUUUUGAAAAAAAGCUCUUUGACCAAAAAAUGAAAUACGAAAAAACGCUUGCCGAAAUGGCCGAAAAAUUUGCUAUCGAAAAACAAGCAGCAAUCGAGAACUGCAUUAAAAUAAAGACGGAUGCAGCCAACGCGGAAACAAAACUUGCACAAGAAAAACACGAAAACUUACUAAACCAAGUAAACAAAAGCUGGAGUGAAAGACUCCAAAAUGAAAAAAUAAACACAGAUAAGCUGUUAUCAGAGCUCUUAAGUGUGCAAAAAAAUUUAGAAGCUUCUUUUGAAGAAUUAAUGAAAACCAAAAUAAACGAUUUAAAUACAUGUUGCGAAAAAAGAGUCUGCAAACUUAUUGAUAUGAACAAUGAUCUACAGAAAGAGAAUUCUUCGUUCAGAAGUAUAAUUAAAGAUCUUGAAAAAAAAUUGAGCGAUGCUAACUGUUACGUUGACAAAGUUCUAUUAGCGUUUCAGGAUUUUGUUGACAUGUGUCCUGGUUUUUGUAAAGGACAAGGAGAGUUUGUUCUACAAAAUCUUGCUCCAAACAACGCUAGAGAAAUCUCAACUUAAAUGAGCUUAACAAUUUUACUGUUUAUUUUUUUUGUUUGACUUU